AUGGCAAACAUACAGCCAGAAGACGCGGAGAGCUCCCUCUGGCAACGCUAUAGUCUUCACACACCGACCUCCGCAGGUGCCCCUCCACCGACCUUCGAGACGAGUUAUACACCUGGUCCCCUAGGGAUGCCAUACCAUGGACUACCUCAGAAAGGAAAUUAUCGGCCCUUAGAGGUUCCAUCAACACCUACAAGAGGAGCGCCUGGAGUUCUGGGCGCGGGAAACGAGGUCCUCACGGCCUCACCACCCCUAAAUACCCACCAUAGUUACCCAUCACUCAAACGGAGCUUCCAGUCUACCGAGGACUCAGCAUAUAGAGAAGUGGCGCCGGACUUCAGGGAGGAGCUGCCGGACCCUCCCAAACCAUCUAUCAAUCAAGAUCACAGACUUCUUUCAUUUAGUAAAAUCCCGCUGAAACAGACAAUUCUCGAUGACCAUGGACGGAUACAUCAGAUCGAACUGUCUGCACAGAUCCAUGGAAUGUUCUUCCUCUCCGAGAUGGCCACGCCAUCUGGAGAUGGGAUCCUCCAGCCUGAACUGACGUGCUACCGGCGGAACCUUUUUCAGAUCUCUGGGACUGUCACCACACCUCGAGGGCCCUUAUCAGUGAUAACUGAAAGAGGGGAACGAUUUCCCAUCAUGGCUAUGGAAGUUUGCGUCUCUGCAUCGGAAUCCGUUGAUGGGCAUGCUGUAAAAUUGAUCGUCAUUCCUUGGAAAACCCCGCCACCAAACUCCCCUGAGGUUGGACCCGGCCAAGAGAACGAGCCGUCCCCAAUACCACUCCUGCCAUUUGAUGGGACUGACCCGAACGGCGAGAGCGACUUUUCCGUGUAUCCGAUUGCUUAUAGAAGAUUACAGUUUAGGAUAGCGACGGCGAAUAAUGGUCGAAGGCGGGAGCUUCAACAGCACUUUACUCUCCACCUGAACGUGGUGGCAACUCUGACAAACGGCACAAAGACCAACAUCUGCGAGACUUCCACCGCCCCGAUUGUUGUAAGGGGUCGGAGUCCUCGAAAUUUCCAGGCCAGAAAAGAGAUACCCCUCGUUGGCUCGUCAUCUUCUCGAGGCGCCCCCCCUGACUUGCAAGUUGUGACGAGCAUUGGAUCUGGGAUCGCCCCGAUUCCUGCUCCUGUCGAGAAACCAAGAGAAUCAAGACCUCAAAAUAUGGAGCCCCAAAGGUCGGCGACAUUCACCUUUGAUGGAAAUAACCUCCCUCCUUCCCCUGGUGUGAUGCGACAAUCGACAUAUCCAACAUAUCUACCAUCUCAUAUGGCUGCUGAACAUAGCACAGCACCGAGCACUCCAGGCUAUCAAGCACCCUUAACAAUGGAUAGCUAUCUUCAAAUGAACCAAUCGACCCAGCCAAAUGCAGGUCUCUCGUCUCCACCCUCCGCUGUACACCAACUGCCUAUCCGGCAACAGUACACUUACAGUCCCACCUCGAGCCCUUCGCAAAAUGGCCCCCCACUUCGCUUUGUCGAUAGCAAUCCCAGGCCGGCAAAGUCGCCUCGUCACAUAGCACCCCCUAAAUUACCUUCCAACACACCCUACGCCGACUACAAUGCACGAUUUGCACCUCCUUACGGCAGUGGCAACGAUGUAGUGGCACAGAGGGAUGCGGGAUACUUUCCAACGUCCCUUCCCAUGCAGCCUUGGACUACUGCGCCGGACACGUCGGGGAUAUAUGGGGCUGGAAUGCCCGCACCAGCACCAAACUUGCAGCAGCAGCAGCAUUAUCAAUUCCCGAACGAGCCAUACUUAAAGGAUGAAAACAAUCCCCCACACAGCUACACCUGGAACACAUGA